AUGUUUGGAAUAAAAGUGAAUACACAAUUGCUACUGCUGAAAAUGUGCUACUUCCUCAUAUUUGCAUGUUUAGCACCUAUGGCUGGAUUUUUGCCCACAAUAGCGAGACAAUUGGGAUACUCGAUGACGACUUACGGCGCCGCCAUGAUGUUCAUGUCGGUGAUCUCGAUGGUAGUCGUGCCUCUGUCAGGUGUCAUAGUCGACAAAUUUCGGAUAAAAAAAAGGUUGUUCUUAGUGUCCAUAUUCGGCAUAGGAGUGGUUUCGAUAUUGUUCUUGUUCGUACCGAAAGCACCUUUGGACUUGGCCAAAAUCGAAUUAAAAUGCGACGCACAAACAACGACAAUGACCGUUGAAAACGAGAACAAUAAUUUGCAAACUACGAGCAACGUCACAUAUUAUGCCACUGCGAACCACACCAGAGGCGAUGAGUUAAUAACGUGCAAGUUAAAUUGUCAAUAUGCAGAGUUUUGCAGUGCAGGCUUUGACAUAAAUAAUCUACACACCCAAUCUGACUUGAGCUAUGUGUGGAUGAGAACAACCAACGAAAGUCAAAAUAAAUUCAACCAGAUUGACUUGGCACUAAUACCAAAAGACUUAGAACAUACGGAACAGGUGAUAUAG